GACACAAAAGAUAUAUAUGUUGUUCCACAUGAGAUGUGGGACCUUCGUGUAUUUAAACACUUGCCUUCCAUAUCUGUUCUAUGCUUCACCUCAUGCUACUUUUCCAGGAGAGCUUCGCAGGGCGAUCACCGAGAUGCAUUUUAUCUCAGACAGAAUAUCCUACGAGCAGUUUUGGCUUUACUCAACUUGAAGGAAUGUUCAUCGUUGAAUGAGCGUUUGGUAGUCGCGUUACCAGUAGCUGCAUAUGCCCUGUGUUUUGGUUCUGCUUGUCCAAUAAAUGAGCCUCUCGGGCUUGCACAAUUACUCCAUGUUUCUGAAUCCACGAGUGAAAGGGUCAAGGAAGAGGAACAAUCACUUGAAAAGCUGCAUGAUUUUUUUGAAUGCUCUGUGGAAGUCCUUGCGAGGAUUAGCGAUGAUUCUGAUCAAAAGCGUAUCCUUUCGGAGUAUCCACAUAUACGUCUGCCCCGUCAACUAAAGGAUAGGCUGCUCCAGGAGAUGGAAAACUAUGUUCUUGAAUGUAUCAGGGAGAAAGAAAAUGAGAAAUUCCUCCUACCAGAACUCAUCAACAUAUGUGCUCUUUUAUCUAAUUUCAUGUACUGUUCAUACUCAUCAAGGAUUAGAGAAGACAUCUCUCCUUUCUUUUUCAAACUUGGUGAGGCCAUGCUAGAGUUGCUGGAUCAUGCUAUUUCAGUGAUUGAAAAAACUUACAAUGAUGCUAUCUCCGGUUGUUGGGGCUUGAACUCUCUUUUCAAUAACGCAGAAUUGACAGUGGCUUCUUUUAAAAGCUUUAUUAGCUCACCUCUGCUUAGCAAAUGGCCAGAGAAAAAUAACACCAGUAGGGGGCUAUAUUCUAGAAUUAUUCAGUCAGCCGAGAAACUUUUGAAAGGUCUAGCGAAACUGUAUGAAGGAUGUUCAGGGCACAGAAUGAAUAUUCAUGCUAACAUAACCUCUCCUGACUUACCUUCUGUCUUGGAUUCCGUUCCACUUGGUAGAAGCAAAAGUUUGAUUUUAGACAUGGAGUUGGAUAUGAAUGGUGGAUCGAUGCAUGUUGAUAGUUUAGCUGUUGAUGGUGAUGGUGACCAUACAUCUGGAGCUUCCAUUUCAUUCGUGAAUCAGAAAAUGGACCUUUUGUUAAUCAUGUCAAGUUUUCUCCCAAUUUUACCAUCACUUACCUGGGAAAUUUUGUUUAAUCUCAAGGAGACAGAGAGUAAUCCAAAGGUUUCAGAAAAGUUCCUACUCAUCCUUUGUCAGCAUCCUCACUGGUCUUCGUGUAAACAGCUAUUGGAUUUGGUUACAUCGAUGACUGAUAUUAUACACAGCAGGGCAAAUCUUAAACUCCAAAGUUCAUAUGUACUUGGUGGCAUUUGUAAUUUGGUGGGAAGCCUUCUACAUUUAGAUGGAGCAGGGAAGCAUGAGACCGUUACUUAUUCUUCAAGGGAAAAAUUGUUUGAUGAGUGUUUGAUAUCACUUGGAGAUUUGGUCAAUAAAGUCUUCGAGAAUAGUUUUUUGGAUUGGUGUGAUCGCUCUAAGCUUGUUGACUGCAUAUGCAGUUUUAUUUCACUUAGACCACAAAUUGCUCAGCAGUCGAUGAUUGAUAAACUGUUGAUGCUGCUCCGGGAUCCUGAUUAUCGAGUUAGAUUUUGCGUUGCACGUCGGAUUGGUGUUCUUUUCGAGACAUGGGAUGGUCAUUUAGAGCUUUUCCAGGAUGUGUGUGCAAGUUUUGGUGUGAAGUUGGUUGUUUUCACAAGGGGGAAAGCUGUUGGUGCGGAGGAAGUUUUAGCUGCCGGUCCUCAGCCAAGUCCAAUAAUGGAGACUGUUAUUAUAACUCUCAUGCACCUAGUGCUUCAUAGUGAGAAAAUAGAGUUGGAGGCUAUUUUUAUGGUAUGUGUAAUUGCUGCUAUUGAUCCCCGUCAAAGGCAUUUGGUCUGUGCUGUGCUUGACAGUUUAUCUAAGGAGCUCCACUAUACAAACCGGACAAAGUAUUUGGAGGAGCUCAUGGGGCAAAUUCUCUUUUGUUGGGUAGCUUGUGGCGUGAGCUUAGUUGCACUUGUUGAGUCAAGGGAUCUUUACGUUUUGAAUGUGGAGCCAGUAAACUUCAUUCAGUAUUGUUGCCAGUGGCUUCUGCCGGCUUUGAUGCUGCAGGAAGACACUUCUAAUAUUAAAUGGGUUUCUAAGGUUGCUCGCCAGUCUUGUGCUGAUUUAAUUAAGUAUCACUUUGUACACAUCUUUUCUAUAUGUAUGGCGUUUCAAUGCAACAAUAAAGUUGAGUUUGACAAGGGAUAUCGAGAGAAGGCUGAGUUUGAUAAGGGAUCUAGGGUGCUGGGAUCAUAUAUUCUUCAGAUUGCUGAAAUAUCUGAACACGAACGAGAUGAACUAAUUAAGAAGCGCAUGGUUUCCAUAGUGAACCAAACUUUAUCUUUAGCUUCCAGUCUCGCAGAUCCUCCACUACCAUUCUUCUCUAAAGAUACUAUUGAAAUUGCAAUUCGAAUAAUUGUAGAUGGGUUCUUGGAUAGCGAGGAUCAAUCUACAAACUCCAACCUUGUGGACAAGAUUAACAUAUUUAGACCUGAUAGAGUAUUUAUGUUCAUUCUUGAUAUGCAUUACAAAGUUACUGCUGCAGCUCACCAUUGGCAUAAAUGUAAACAUUUGGCUGGGGUCGAGGUGCUUGUCAAUCUACUUGGGAAUAGAGCUGCAAUUCCCAGUACUUUCAAUUACCUUCUGAAUUUGAUGGGCCACUUUGUUGACUGCCAUUAUUUAACGGAUCAAUGUUGUUGUAUCAUCUCCAUAUUGCUGAGAAUAUCAAGAGAUAGUCCUUCAGUGGAGACUACAAGAGUGUUGGGUGAACAGCUUCAGUUUUUGGUGUCUAAGUUGGUUGCACAUUGUGCUCCUUCUGCAUCCUGUGAUAAACUCUCUGCCAAGGCUUCAUCACAACCGUUCUUGCUGCUCCAGCAGCUUACCAUCGGUUCUGAUUCAUCUCUGUAUGAAUACAUUAAGGAGUUAGAGCCUUUCCCGGAAUUCAAUGUAUUUGAUGACAUACGGAUGUUCCAUGAGAAAAUAUGUGAAAUUUACUCACCGAGGGCUCACUUAAUUAAUUUUGUGAAGAGAUCUCAACAUGUCCCGCCAAGAUUUCUUCUUUACAGUUUGAAAGCAUUGCAUAAGAAUAUAUCCACAAAAGGAAGGCAUUUGAGAAAGGAGCUUGAUGAGGAUGAGAAUUUUCUCAAAGAUGCAUAUUGGCAUUCGGAUAAUGAAAUUGCCCAUGCUCCCUGGAGUCUUGUUUCAAUAUGUAGCUUAGAUGACACAAAUGAUCUUGGAGCUAUGGUGUCUGACUUUAUAUCCAGGGUUGGUAUUGGUGAUCCCCAUCGUGUUGUUUUUCAUAUUCCUGGGGAGCCUAAUGGGCAUGUAUCUGGACUAGCCAAUGCUGUUAUAGCUGCAGAUCCGAAUAUCUGCACAGAUACAGCCAUGUGCAGUGAAGUUCUUCUUGUACUUAUGAGGCUAUUAAAGAAGUAUUUAAUGGAUGAUUCUGUUGAGAUGAUUGACUUGGCUUCUCAAGCUUUACGUGGGAUUCUUUCAACUGAAAAGGGUCAGCAAUCUUUAUUAAAUUUGGAUUCAUACGAGAGAUCUCUUAUGGAGGUCCACUCGAAAGGCGUUAAUUUGGAGCUAGUACAAAGUUUAAUAGCAAGUUUACAGAGAAAAUUUGAUGCUAAAUCAGUUUCCAUAGAAGACUCAGCUGUGUGGUCUACUGGUGAUAAAACAUUUGAGGCAUGGAUUUGUCCACUUGUUUGUGCCAUGAUAAGUUACUGUGAUGACCUUAUUCUUAGAUUAUGCCAAGAUAUUGUACUGGUUAAAUGUGAAGUUGCGGAACUUCUAUUUCCUAAAGUCGUCGUUAAUAUAGCUGGAAGAAAGGGGUCAAAUAUUGAUAUCUGUAAAGUUAUCUCAUUGAAGGUGCAAGAACAUGUAUUUAUUGAGUCAAAUGCAUUGAAGAAAUCAGUUCAAGUAUUUUUGCUUUCUCUAAAUGAGCUUCGACAAUGUCAUGUAAUGGAAAGAACCAAGUCUCCUGCUUCCCUUAAUAAGCCAAAAAUAUCAAAGCAUACCAAACAGCCAUCGUCUGUAUUGAGGUCACGUUCCGUAGUUUCUAAGGGAAAAGAUCUUGAGACAGCUUCUUUGGGGUUAGGAACAUCAACAUCAUUAUGGGAAAAGGUUUAUUGGCUUGCUGUGGAUUACCUUGUAGUUGCAAAGUCUGCUAUUGAUUGUGGCUCCUACUUUACUGCUUUUCUGUAUGUUGAGCACUGGUGUGAGGAGCAUUUUAGUGGCCUUACAUUGGGCAGCCCAGAUUUCUCUCACCAUGAAACACUCCCGCCUCAUGUCGAUAUACUUCUAUCAGCAGUCACCCAAAUCAAUGAGCCUGACAGUCUCUAUGGGAUUAUUCAAUCUCACAAGCUUACAUCUCAAAUAAUCACUUUUGAACAUGAGGGUAAUUGGAGUAAAGCACUUGAAUACUAUGAUAUGCAAGUACGCUCUCAGCCAAUGGCUCAAAUUAGUAGUUCCAUCAAUUCUUCUACCGGGAACUAUUUACAGACAGAACAUGCACCCAUCUCCGAAACAGAACAUGGCAUUAACCAGAAGAAACCUUACAAAGGACUAAUUAGAUCUUUACAGCAAGUUGGGUGCGCUCAUGUCUUGGAUGUAUAUUGUCAGGGAUUAACUUCCCAGAGGGGCCGGUUUCAGCAUGAUUUAGAAUUUAGCGAGCUGCAGUAUGAAGCUGCUUGGCGUGCUGGAAACUGGGAUUUUUGUCCACUCUAUUCUGGUGCUGAUACAUCAGUUUCAUAUCAAUGCAAUGAUGGGCAUAAUUUCAAUGAAAAUCUGCACAGUUGCUUGAGAGCUUUACAAGAGGGAGAAUUUGAUGAGUUCCAUACGACGCUGAAAGACUCAAAGCAGGCUCUUUUGAUGUCCAUCUGCCAUGCCAGUAAGGAGAGUACUGAGUACAUUUACUCAAGUAUAGUUAAACUUCAGAUAUUUUAUCAUCUCGGUAUGGCAUGGGAUUUUAGAUGGUGUUCAGUAAUGGAGAACUUUGAUUCUUCUUCUGGCAGACAGAAAUUGUUACCGGAACCUGUAAUCCCUACCAUUGAUCAGUUGCAAUGGCUUCACAGGAAUUGGAGUUGCAUUUUAAAACAAACAGAUUUACAUAUGAAUUUGCUGGAACCAUUCAUAGCGUUCAGAAGAGUCUUGCUUCAGGUUUUGAACUCUAUGGAUAGUACAGUGCAUCAUCUUCGCGAAGCAGCCUCGGUUCUUCGCAAGGGCUCUAGGAUUUCUCAGGCUGCUGCAGCAUUGCAUGAGUUUAAAUCUCUCUGCUCUCAGAUGGGAGAAGAAUAUUCCAAUUUGUACUGGCUUGGAAGGCUAGAAGAAGCUAAGCUUCUGCGUGCCCAAGGUCAGCAUGAGAUGGCAAUCAACCUUGCAAAUUAUAUUUCACAAAAUCAGCAGUUGAAAGAAGAGGCUCCUGAUGUAUUUCGCUUAGUUGGUAAAUGGCUUGCGGAAACUCGAUCGAGCAAUUCCAGGACUAUAUUAGACAAGUACCUGAAACAAGCUGUUAAUCUAGCGGAGGAUCAAAAGACUACUGACAAGUUAUCUAAAGAGAAAAGAAACCAAAUGCAUUUCCAUCUUGCGCAUUAUUCAGAUGCUCUUUUUCGUAGUCAUGAAGAAAGACUUUGCUCCAAUGAAUGGAAAGUAGCUCUGCAAUUACGGGAACUCAAGGAAAAGGAGAGAGAAGCACUGACCAAGCGUUACAAGAGUGCAGGAAAGGAAGAAAAAAUUGACCUUACACUAAAAAUACAAGAACUGCAAAAGCAACUUGCGAUGGACACAGAAGAAGAAAAGAAGUUACAAGAAGACAGGGACAAUUUUUUAUGUACAGCACUGGAGGGAUAUAAGCGAUGUUUGAUCAUCGGUGAGAAAUAUGAUGUUCAUGUGGUAUUUCGACUUGUUUCGCUAUGGUUCAGCCUUUCAAGUAGACAGAUUGUUGUGGAUAGCAUGAUUAGUACUAUCAAGGAGGUACAAUCUUAUAAGUUUAUUAUAUUGGUAUACCAAAUUGCAUCAAGACUGAGUGGCACCAAGGACUCUUUUGGACCUAUAAGCUUUCAGUUUGCACUAUUUUCUCUUGUGAAGAAGAUGGCCCUUGACCAUCCUUAUCAUACAAUAUUCCAGUUGCUAGCUCUGGCAAAUGGUGACCGGAUCAAGGACAAGCAGCGCAGUAGAAACUCGUUUGUGGUAGAUGUCGAUAAAAAGAUUGCUGCUGAAGAUCUUCUGAAGGAGUUGUCAUCUUAUCACGGAGCUAUCAUCAGACAAAUGAAACAAAUGGUGGAGGUAUACAUUAAACUUGCAGAAAUGGAAACAAAGAGAGAGGAUACAAACAAAAGAGUGAAUCUACCUCGAGACAUCCGCAGCGUUCGUGAACUUGAGCUUGUUCCUGUUAUAACGUCUAAUGUCUCUGUUGACCGUAGUUGUCAAUAUCCUGAAGGAUCUUUUCCUCACUUCAAGGGGCUGACUGAUUCAAUCACCAUAAUGAAUGGAAUUAAUGCCCCGAAAGUGGUGGAGUGCUUUGGUUCUGAUGGUAACCGAUAUCGACAACUUGCAAAAUCAGGCAAUGAUGACCUGAGACAAGAUGCUGUGAUGGAGCAGUUCUUCGGUUUAGUUAACACUUUCUUGCAGAACAACCGUGACACAUGGAGGAGGCGGCUCAAGAUACGUACAUACAAGGUUGUGCCUUUUACUCCCAGCGCUGGUGUUCUAGAGUGGGUGAACGGAACUUUCCCGCUGGGUGAAUAUCUUAUUGGAAGCUCCAGAAAUGGAGGUGCUCAUGGAUGUUACGGAGUAGGGGAUUGGACUUUUAUGGAAUGCCGGCAGCACAUGACUACAGAAACUAACAAGCCCAAGGCAUUCCAAGAAGUCUGCCAGAAUUUCAGGCCAGUCAUGCAUUACUUCUUCUUGGAGAGGUUUUCACAGCCUGCGGACUGGUUUGACAAGAGACUUGCAUAUACAAGGAGUGUGGCGGCUAGUUCAAUGGUGGGUUACAUUGUGGGAUUAGGUGACCGGCAUUCCAUGAAUAUUUUGAUCGAUCAAGCUACAGCAGAAGUUGUUCAUAUUGAUCUAGGAGUCGCAUUUGAGCAAGGACUGAUGCUAAAAACACCUGAACGAGUUCCAUUUCGGCUGACGAGAGACAUCAUAGAUGGCAUGGGAGUAAUUGGGGUGGAAGGAGUUUUUAGAAGAUGUUGUGAGGAAACUCUCUCUGUGAUGAGAACAAAUAAAGAAGCACUGCUCACAAUCAUUGAG